UUGAGCGGCCUUUAUUGACUAGGAAUGAUAUGAGUGCGCUUGUUUGUGAGAGAAUUCUCUUCCAGGGCAAAGCCACUGUUGUUCUCUUCAGAUCUUUCCAAUUCCAAUGUGGAGGCACAGCAGGAGGCUCACUAGAAUUGCAAGCACAAUCUUGAAUGGGAGCUCUGUCAUUGAUGCUUGGUUCAAUGCUACAUCUUACCAGGUUGGGCAAGUUCUUCUCACGCUCCCCAAUUCAUUUGCUCAGCUGGGAUUAGUCUCUGGCAUUCUUUUCCAGCUCUUCUAUGGAACCCUUGGGGCAUGGGCUUGCUACAUGACAACUUGGCUGUAUAUGAACUACAGGAAGAGAUUUGAAAGAGAAGCUCUGUACAGUGACAAGCAUGAAAUUCAGUGGUAUGAAGUUUUAGAUGGGCUUCUUGGUACAUUUUGGAAGUACCUUGGCUUGAUAUUUAACACUGGCCUCCAGGUGUUGCAAAGUGCUAUCACACUUAUAGGAGCAUCCAACCUUGCCCAUAUCCUCAAUGAUCGUCUAGACAAGCGAUCAUGGACUGUGGUGCUCGGAGCUUGCGUUAUACCCAGUAUUUUGAUCCCCAGAGCUCAAAACUACAGAGUAUUAUCUUCUGUUGGUAUUGUAAUGACUACUUACACUGCUUGGUACAUGGUUUUAGCUUCCAUUUUCCAAGGAAAGGAUGGCCCUGUGAAACACAAUGCUCCACACUCCUCUCUAGACUACUUCUUGGGAGCUUCCAACAUCUUAUACGCGUUUGGAGGCCAUGGAUUGACAAUCGAGCUCACCCAUGCCAUGAAGAAGCCACAAAAAUUUAAGGAGAUUUACCUCUACGCGGUUCUCUACAUAUGGACUCUCACUUUGCCUUCGGCCAUCGCGGUUUACUGGACGUAUGGAGAGGAGAUGCUCCAGCACUCAUACGCUCUCACCAGGUUCCACAAGUCCAAGUACCGUGACGUAGCCAUAGUUCUCAUGAUCAUCCACCAGGCGAGAAGAAAGAACUUUUUCGUCCAGUUUGGCUUCUCGGUGCUUCCGAUCUAUCUUACGUGGGAGAAGUUUUGCGGGAUACACUCGUUGCCAGGACGAUACUUGCUCAAAUCCGCCGCGAGAUUGCCAGUCGUGAUACUGGUCUGGCUCGUCGCGCUGAUGAUUCCCUUCAUUGGCGUUAUCAAUAUAGUGGCGGCUGCUUUCUUCACGAGCUUUACGAUCUACAUUGUCCCGUGCGUGGCUUUCAUGGUUUAUCACAGAAGUACUUCUGCGCGAAAGGAGUCCAAAGAGGGGCCUCCUUUCUGGCUGCCGAGCUGGAUAUGGAUAUAUGCAAUCAACGUCGGUGUUGUUGUCUGGAUACUUGUAAUCGGUGUUGGAUUCGGAGCCUGGGCUGGCGUGAGAAAUCUACGAAGGAAAUUCCACCUGUUUGGAUUUUUUACCCGAUGUUACGAAUGCUGAAUCGAAGACAUAGUGUACGCAUAUAUAAGAAUCGUCGGCAAUGAUCCUUGAGCUGAUAAGAACACCGAUCAGAAACUCAUUGAGUCGUGCCUGUGAAAA